UGCAUUGCUCUCAUUGGACUAAUGAUGAAGCAGCAGUGAGUCCACAGUGGCCCUGAUGAACAUCCGGGUUUCCCGCUGGCACCGCUGCUGUGGCUCUCAGGAGCCAUUUUGGACGCCGUUCAGCUUUUCGCAUGUCAGUCCCUCCUUCCCCCUCCAACUGCCCCGGCAGAGGGGUUGAAACACGCACCAGGACACACACAAGGGGGCUUCGCUUCUACUCCAAGCGCCCAGACUCACGCUCCCACUGCUGCCGCCUGGUCAGAAUGAAAAGCUGGAUGUUUGCGGCAUCAGGGACUUUGUUUCCGAUCAGCGCGCUUCUGAGGGAUACACUGUGUUGUUGUGAAGAGCUCGUGCUGUUAUUGUAGCGGGUGAAGAAUAGCGCGCAGGCCUUCGCGUUCAUGUGUUUCAUUUCAUUCUUAAAUGCUUUCGCGGCAUAAAGGACAACAUUUAUCGCCAGGAUCCUCGAAGGAAGGAAUAUGUUUGUUACCUGGCUGACUUUUGCACUCGUCUGGUGCACAGGAGGCAGUCAGGCAGAGGUGGCGACUAGAGAGUGCGUCUACUACAAUGAUAACUGGCGGACGGAGAAAACCAAUCAGAGUGGUUUUGAGAGGUGUGAGGGGGAGAAAGACAAGAGGCUACACUGUUACGCCUCCUGGUUGAACUCCACCGGAACCAUCCGCCUGGUCAAAAAAGGCUGCUGGCUCGACGACUUCAACUGUUACGACAGACAGGAGUGUGUGGCAACGGAGGAGAGUCCGCAGGUGUUCUUCUGCUGCUGUGAAGGAAACUAUUGCAAUGAGAAGUUCACACACCUGCCAGAAGCCAUCGCUCCUGCAGUAAAGAUCCAGCCUCCUCAGCCGUGGCCGUCUCUGUGGAGUGUGCUGGUUUAUUCUCUUCUUCCUUUAGCCAUUCUCUGUCUGGCCCUGGUGCUCGCCUGCUGGACAUACCACCAACGAAAACCACCCUACAGACAUGUCGACAUCGGCCAGGAUGCUGGUCUUCCUCCACCGUCUCCUCUGGUUGGCCUGAAGCCUCUGCAGUUGCUGGAGUUGAAGGCCAGAGGGCGCUUUGGCUGCGUCUGGAAGGCCCAGUUACUGAGUGAAUAUGUGGCAGUGAAAAUAUUUCCCAUCCAGGACAAGCAGUCGUGGCAAAAUGAAAGAGACAUUUACCUCACCGAGGGUUUUAAACACGAGAAUAUUCUACACUACAUCUCAGCAGAAAAACGUGGCACAAACCUUCAGAUGGAGUUGUGGCUGGUCACAGAAUUCCAUGAAAGGGGUUCACUAACAGAUUACUUGAAGAACCCAGUGAGCUGGCCUCAGUUGUGCCAUAUUUCUGCAAGUAUGUCACGCGGCCUGGCGUACCUUCAUGAAGACCUUCCUUACAGAGCAGAGGGACCCAAACCUGCCAUCGCACACAGAGACUUCAAGAGUAAGAAUGUCCUGCUCAAGACUGAUUUGACCGCAGUGAUUGCAGACUUUGGGUUGGCUGUCCGCUUUGAGCCUGGGAAACCACCUGGAGAUACACAUGGCCAGGUGGGAACUCGGCGUUACAUGGCUCCAGAGGUUCUGGAGGGAGCCAUUAAUUUCCAAAGGGACGCCUUCCUAAGGAUCGACAUGUACGCUCUAGGACUGGUGCUGUGGGAGCUGGUGUCUCGCUGCACCGCCUCCGAUGGUCCUGUAGGUGAGUACCAGCUGCCCUUUGAGGAGGAGGUGGGCCAACGUCCUUCACUGGAAGACCUUCAAGAUGUGGUGGUCCACAAGAAGAUGCGGCCCGUAUUUAAAGACUGCUGGAUCAAACAUCCGGGUUUGGGUCAGCUGUGCGAGACCAUCGAGGAGUGCUGGGACCAUGACGCAGAGGCGCGACUGUCGGCCGGCUGCGUGGAGGAGCGCCUCUUCACCAUCUCCAAGACAGUCAACACCAUCAACACGUCUACCUCGGAGUGCCUGGUCUCCAUGAUGAUGACGUCCGGCAGCGACACGGACCUUCCUCCCAAAGAGUCCAGCACCUGAACGCCCGCCUCCAAACAUCAGGGACUGCGAACCACUGCGUUCAUCGCUCCAGUAAAUGUGAACCUUGCUGCUAAUUUGAUCUCUGGAUCGUCAUGUAUUUAAUUUCUUCUUCUUGCAUCGUUGGAUCACUUUCACCAGCACAUUCAUCUACUGUACUCUUCCGAAAGGAAGGCACACACGGAGAAAUCUCAAACGCGAGAAGACCGAGCUCUCAGAGGGCAUUCAGGGGAUCGUUUCAGACUGCUGGGAUAUGAGCACACGUUACCUCAUCGGUUUUAAUGCCAUUUUUAUGUUGUUUUUUUGCCUUCACUCCAUGAAUACCUCCACCCAAACGCUGGACCCUCGGGUUUUAUCAAGACUACGUGACUAUCUGAUGACUGUUACGCAACCUUCCAAGAGCACACAAGGUCCUUUUUGUACUCAGUGAAUUUUAGUCUAGUUUUAACGUACCCUUUCUUCCUGGAAACGUCUCGUGGGAUGUUUUUUGUCGUGUUUCCGGCAGUGAUGGCAGUUGUCUGGGACACUGAAAGCAGAAGGCAGCAGGACUGUUAUGAUUCGAGUUGCCUUUUGCAGCGUCGGGAUUGGUUUUAAUGUAGCAUCCGCUUGUGUUGAAGUAUCUGAAGUCAGAUGUGCCAUCAGUUCAGCGUUCGUUGUUUCUGAGUGACAAGAGCUGCAGUCGAAGUGUUAGUUCUGCGGCCGCGUGAAGAGCAGCGCUGCGUUACAGGUUUGCUUUCAAUCACGGCUCAAUGUUUCGGUGCAUCAGGAAAGCGUGUAAUGUUUAUCCGCUACACUACUCAGGUAAACUCUGUGCAUGUGAUUGUGUGACCGCUCACUCUUACAGCAAUAGUUCUCCGCAGUAUGGUGAAUCUCACCAGGAAAAAUCUGGGUCAUAAGUCAUCUGAAAAUCGAAACGGAAAAUAGUUAUACAUUCAUGAAAAUUUAGCUUAGUUUUUUUUGCACUGUGGCAUUAUUUUCAUAACUCUUAAGCACAUCUUGGCAUAUCUUUAGCAUAAUGCAAAACAAAUACUUUAAUGAAUGUAUCACAAAUCGUUUUGUUUUUUUUUAACUCAAUUUAAAUUAGUUUAAAGGAUUUGGUUCAUGAAAACUACCUUAAAUAUUUUCCUCGCAUCACAGAAAUGAGAAUAAAGGGAUUUUUUUGCACAUCACAGUAAAAAAAAAAUUCUUAUGUGCCAAAUUGGGCUUAAUUGUCAACAAAAUAAUGUUACAAUAUAAAAAAAAAGGUUAUAGUCAGCCAAAUUAAAUGCUGCGUAAAGAGAAUAAAGCCUAUACUUUAUUCUCUUUAUACAGCAUUUAAUUUAGCAGAAAAUUAAGCUCUUAUCUUUACUGUAAUGUGAAAAAAUACCAUCCCACAACUAUUAAUAUAUUUUUACUCACCUUAAAAUAGAUUUACAAUUGUGUUUUUGCAAUUUAAAUAUUUUUUCUGGCAUCACAGUAAUGAUAACAUUUUUUGCAUUACAAUAAUGAAAAUUCAGUGUGCUAAAAUGUCAUAAAUACAGUUGCAAUAUAUCUUUAAAAAAAUCAUAAUUGUCCUAAAGUAGUCUUUAUUCUCUUUAUGCAUUUAAUUUAGCAGAAAUUUGUUUUUGUGCUGUUGAGAAUAUUUUAUUUUCUAACAUGGCCAAAAUGGGCUUAAUUGUCAACAAAAUGAUGUUAAAAUAUAAAACAUCAUAAUGGUCCUAAAACAGGUUUCAUUUUCUUUAUGCAACAUUUAGCAUAAUUGAGCAACAGUUUUCUUCCUCAAAUUAUUACCGUAAUGCAAAGAAGGGGGGAAUUUAUUAAUUUUUUUAUUAAUGUUAAAUACAAAAAACUAACCUAAAAUAUUUACAAUUGUUUUUAACAAUUUAAAUUAUAUUUUUUCUUGCAUAAAAGUAAUACGAUUUUUUUUGAAUAAUUUUAUGGCUCUUAAAGCAUUGGUGUCAUAGUUGAGCGACAAUUGUCUCCACCAAAUGAUCAUUACUGUAAUGCAAAAAAUACUGUUUUUUUGGUUGUUGUUAAAUACAACUAAGAUUAACCUAAAAUAUAUUCACAGUAGUGCUUAAUUUAAAUAUAUUUUUCUUGCAUAACAGUAAUACAGUAAUAAUAAUAUAUAUUUUUUUAGCAUUACAUUAAUGGAAAAAAAUGUCAUGAAAAUAACUCCAUAUUAAAAAACUGUCCUAAAAUAGGCUUGAGUGCUUUUCAUUAAAUUUCUGAUUCUUUUGAUUUUUGGGAUGUAAUAUGACCCGGACAUUUCACGAUUCACAUCUCAACAAUGGCGAUAUCUCAGAGCUCGCCUGUUUCCUGCAAUAACUUCAGCGUUGAAGACUGAAUGUCCGUAGUGCUGUACUCUUCAAUCAUCUCAUGGACUCCAGUGUUGUUCAGAAACGGGCAGCUUUUAUCAGACUCGUUGGUCAGCGUAACACUAACACGAUCACUGAAUCUCGACCGUCAUGUGCUCAGUGAUUAGAUAUACCUCAGAUAUUGUGACUUUUUUAUAUAUAAAUAUAUCUAAAGUAUUUUAUUCCGUUUUGUGGUAGCAAUAUAAUUUAAUAUCCAGCUGCUUUUCUGUGAUUUACGGAGAUUUUUUUUAGUUUUUAACAGAAGGUGCUCUGAAUUUGAUUGCCAGGUGCUCGGUGCGUUUCACAUAGUCUUUUAGCUUUGAGUCCGGCAUCCGCAGGUUCAAUGGCUUCUGAGGUUCAGAUGAACCGGUUCUCUGAGGACAUGCAAACCUUCCUCACUUGUGUUUGAUUUAGGUUAUGUUUGUUUGUUUGUGUGGUACAUGUAUCUUCUUCUCUCGUCUCCAUCUUAUCAAUUGUAUUAAGUUGGAUUUCUCUAUCAAAUCAGGGAUUUGAAAUAUAAUUAAAGUAUUGCAGUGCAAGUUGUGCAAAUUUAGUUGAAGCCAAACUUUAUAUGCUAUCAGGUGUUGAAGUGUGAUGUAUAUAAAUAACGUCAUCAGAUCUGCUAACUGAUGUAGUUGAAGCAUCUUUUACUCUUGUUAUAUUUCUCUGUUUCACAUAAAUAAACCCUGAAGAAGUGUUCGAACGUUAGGACUACCUGAGGAGAUUGCCCAUGAUCCUUUGCCAGCUCUGUGUGGGCUGGCUUCUCAUGACGGAUCGGGAACGAUGGAGGUCUGUUGAUGUUUUGUUUUAUUUUUUUUUUUACUGCUGCUAAUGUAGUAAAUGUAUGUUGUGUUGCCCCAGUUUGGGUCAUUUCAGAUUCCGCUGCCAUGUUCAGUAUUUUGUUGAAUUAAACAUUACCCAUGUUUAUCA